AUGAGUUCAGUUCCAUAUAUUGGGAGCCAAAUCAGUUUAAUUUCCAAGUCUGAUAUUCGAUAUGAAGGCACCCUCCACACCAUUGAUCCAAACGAGCACACAGUCUCACUCUCCAACGUCAAGUCAUUCGGCACAGAAGGCCGAAGAGGAAAUGGCAAAGAAAUCCCACCCUCAGCUGAAGUCUACGAAUUUAUUAUUUUCAGAGGCUCAGACAUAAAAGAUCUCACUGUGAUCCAGACAACUGUUGCAAAUAAUGACCCAGCCAUAAUAAAAUCAGAGCCAACUAAAGAAUUCCAGCCAAAACCAGUCCAAAAGCCUAGCAUUCCUCAACAGAGAGAGCACCAAAAUUACGUCCCAAGGAACAAUCGUCAAGAAGCUUAUGGAGAAUUGCAUGGGAACACAAAUGAAGAUUUAAAAGAAGAGCUCAAAGAAGAUUUUGACUUCCAAACAGCAGCUAUUGACAGAAACCAAAAGGCAGAAACCAAAGGAAAAUGCUACGACAAAAAAUCGAGCUUUUUUGAUAAUAUUUCGUGCAAAUCUGGGGAAAAUCCAGAAAGUAGGCCUGAUAGGGAAAAACAAAAAGAGCUAGAUGCAGAGACCUUUGGGGAGGAAUACGUAGAAAUGGGAGAAAGGGAUUUAAAAAGAUAUAUAAGAGGAGGAAGGAGAGGGAGAAGAGGAUAUAGGAAUGAUAGAGGUGAUGGAAGAGGAUAUAGGGGAGGAUAUAGAGGGGAGCACAGAGAGUAUAGAGGGGAGCAUAGAGAAUAUAGAGGAGAACAGAGGGAAUAUCGAGGAGAGCAGAGGGAGUAUCGAGGAGAUAGAGAAUAUAGGGGUGAACACCGAGGUGAGUAUAGAGGAGGAAGGAGAGGAGAAUAUAGAGGCUAUAGGGGAGAUCGAAGAGAAGACUUUAGAGGGGAAUCGAGAGGAAAUUAA